GCGUGGCUUUCUACGUCACAGCAGUGGACGCGACACUAGAACUUAAGAGGUUCCCCACACCCUUGCUGUGAAGCGCUAUUGCGGCCGCGUCUGAGCUGCUAUGAUAACAGCCCCAAAUCUCAUAUUCGUACAUUUGGACAAUAUCACUACAUUCACUCGUGCAUAGCUAACAGACUACAUUUCUGGCUGGUCACAAUCAUGUCCUUCAAGUCAAAAGACCUCGCCUACGAGGCCAAGGAGCCGGCUUUUCUACAGAGACUUAGGAAUCAAUACGGGGACAACUCGGGUCGCCUUGAGAGACCCGUUGCCCGGCCACGGAAGCCGCGCGAGGAACACGACGACGAUGGACCUACCUACGUGGACGAAGAGAGCAACGACAUCAUCUCCAAAGAGGAAUAUGAAGCUCUUGUGCGAGGAGACAAACCCGCCGGGGAUGAUGACCAAUUCGACAAGGUUCAUAAGGACGAAAACAAGUCCGCAGGCCAGCCCGGGGAGGGUAGUAAAUCAGACACUGGGGCUGAGACAUCGACCUCCAAGCAGAACAUGGCCGAAAUUGGCGGGCCACGAAAAAGAAAACAAGCCAAGGUUAUCGGUGAAGAUGCUCCAGCCGCAGAGAGUGAAGACACCAAAAAGAAAGACUCGUCGGGCGUGCGAAAAGCGAAACAGAAGAAGAAGAUCAAGCUUUCGUUUGACGAUGAGUCAUGAUGACAGAUUUUGACUCAUGAACAUAGCCCAACAAAUGAUACCCUAGAUCUCAGACCAAAUGCUCUAUUGCGCUGUAUGAAGAGAAACCAUCUUAGCCAGACCUUGCUGGCAUAGUAGUUGAUAAGUGCAGUGGCGGUCCCGUAGUUUGUAGUGACUGCCAAACCGAAGCAAUUAAUAAUCAGGAAGUGCGUGGAAUCCACCAACUUCCUAUUCAUCCUUCUUU